UCUCGCGGAAACAUCGUUCUCCAGUGCGAGCUGCAUCGAGUCCGUCCUGCCAGAGACACUGACUGGAAGACCUCUCACCUCAGUCAAGCAUGUCGCUCUUGCGAUCGCAAGGACUUCUGCCCAAACAGAGGAGACUGAGAGGUUACCAAUGAAUUUACUGAGCGGCACAUUGAAGCGUUUUGUGAUCAAAUAAACGAAGCAGAGGAAAAUGUCUCGUUGGAUUUGUUGUCUGCUGCUGCCGCUGCUGCCGCUUCUUCCCUCGAUGCGCGAAGUUCAGGCUCAAGUGGAAAACCGGGUGAUUUUCCUGCCGGGAACUUUCCAGAACGUGAGCGUCUCCCAGAAUGAGACGGUGCAGGCCGUGGUGUCCAGGAUCCCCUCGGACGUGGCUUUCGUCACUCUGCAGUUUCACACGCUUCACCGCAACGCCACUCUCUCCUACACCAGGAAGCCAGGUCCAGGUCUCUCUCUGACAGCAGUGGACUCUGGCCUCCUGUCAGCUCUCCAGCCGGGCCAGACGUCCCUCUCACUGUUCCUGUCUUCACCUGAUAGUGACACUGUGUCAGGCACCGGGGUCAUCCUCGCCUUCUCCAGCACUGACCCAGUCCCCGGUGCUUGUAACAUGGAGUCCAACCUUGACGUCGACCCGAAUAUCUACAUUCACUACAACCUCUAUGAGACCACGGUUCGAUUUGCACCGGCAAACUUAGGAUACUCGAGAGGUGAAGCUCCACCGGUCUGCGACGAAUCCACGGAAACCAACACCCGCUGGCGGCUGCAGUACGACGUCUACCAGUACUUCCUGCCUGAGAAUGACCUGUCCGAGCGCAGCCUGUUCAGUGGCAUCCAGGCCGUGGCUGACAUCCAGGGCAUGGUGGAGAACGGCAGACGUGUCAUGACGUUGUUAUCAUCGGAUAUGAGCACGGCGGUGUUCAACUCCAUCCCCGGCCAGGGCGUCAUCUACUCGGUCAUCGUCAGAGACCCUCUGCUGAACACCUCGGCCUCCUACGUCCCCAUCCACACCUACGCCUGCAGCUUUGCUUCCACUCUGGACGGCUGCAGAACACUGGGAAAGAUAUCUACAAAGGUUUUUUUCACCAUCACUGGCUUGGCCGGCCUGUUUGUCUGCUUCUUCGGGCAUCGAUUCUUCAAAUGCGAGCUGUUCUGCAUGGGAUUCAGCUUCGCAGCGUUUUUCUUCUUUGUCCUGAUCACGAGGACGACAGAGCUGAACUAUGACAUUCGUCUGACCCUGUCGGCAGUGAUCGGCGUGGUGGGCGGAGUCCUCCUGGUGAUGAGCUGGUGGCGUUUCGGGUCGGUCAUGGCCUGCAUCGUCGUGGUUGGCCUGAUGCUCGGCUUCCUCAUCUCCUCCACUGUCCUCUUCACUCCUCUCGGUGACCUUGAUGUGUUCAGGCGCUCAGAUGUGGUUUUCUGGGUGACGUUCUGCUGCAUCAUGAUCAUGGUUCCACUCUUCUUCGUGCGUUGGCCCAGAGAGGGUAACAUCGUCACAUGUGGCGUUGUCGGUGCUUACGCCGUGGUUCUGGCCGUCAACGCCUACAUUUACACCAGCCUCUCCUACAUCACGCUGAACAUCCUCAAACGCUUCCUCAACAACAACUUCAGCUCCAUGUUCACGGACGUGCCGUUCCAAACCGUCGACUACAUCAUGAUCACAGUGUGGGUGGUGCUCGGCGUCUGCGGCAUCGUCCUGCAGCUCUACCGCGAGCGCUCUCGGCCGUUCUUCCCACCCAGCCCGUACCUCAUGUGGCUGCAGGAACGCGAGCGCCGCAAGACCAACGUCCUGGACCCGAGCCACCACUUCCCCUCGCUGCCCAACCGCCUCCUGGCCCGAGUGCGGCAGCUCACCAAGCGCGCGGAGCCGGCGGGAGAGCACACGCCUCUGCUCCUGUGAACCUCCAACGCCCCUCGUUGUCUCUGUCUAAAGGCAGAUUUACUCGUUCAGUCGGGGUCUGAGCUGAGAGGCAUUUUUCACACACACACAGGCUCAAACUCUGCGGAGUUAGAAAGAAGCCAGAGACGAUGGUUGAUCAAGGUUGUUCCUCAUGACUGGUGCAGGGAUCUGACCCCAGAUCAGCUGACUGAAGGACACAGAGAGGGAUCAUAUCACUGACAUUUUUAAAUCUGAAAACAAAACUUUAGUCAGUUUUUUUUCCUGACAACUAACACGAAUGUUGUUUUUUUUUAAUAACUAAAACAUGGGUGUUGCUCCUUCGUGUUGUCCGUCGCUUCUCCUCAUUUCACUGUUUGCACUGAAGUCACGAACUGCUAAUGAUUCACACAGCGAGGCGCUGUCCAAACAAAACCACACCAGGUUCUGUCCACAGCGACGAGCACGAUGAGCUCACGCAGGUCACAAACAAAAAACUGACAGAGCAAUGCACAGUUUAUAUGUUUCAGUCUUUGCACAAAAGAAGAAGAACAGCGGUGUUUUUCCUCCUCUGUAAUCACAUCAGAUGUUUUAACUCCUGCUCACGCGUGUCUUCUUGGACUGAUUGAUUCUUUAUCUGUUAAUCUGAAUGUCUCACAUGUGUGCCGUGACUUUUCUCAGGGUUUCACUCUCUACUACUUUUAGACCACGAUGCACUGAGUGGACUUCUGAAACCUUCGACCUUUCAGCCCGUGAAUGUCUGUCAAUAUUUUAUUUAGCUGCUGAGAUGAACUUUCUGGUCUCAGGACUUUUAAAAAAACAAAAAAACAAAAAAAAAACCCACGACAAUUUGCAGACAUGUUCUGGAAAGUGAGGUCAACUGGAAUUUGUAAUUUAAUGUGUUUUGAUAUUUAAUAAAUGCCUCCAGGUA